UGACUGUUAGACUAGAUGACAAACCGUGUUGGAUUUCGAUCAUGAAAGCACUGGAAGCAGAUUGUUGAAUACAUAUUAUGUUGACUUUUUAACUUAAUAUAAAUAGAGGAAAACGAUAAAUUUCAAGUAUUACAUGCUAGUGACAGAAAAUAUUCUAAAUGAGUUUCUUAAGAUCUAUUUGUCGAAAGUUUUCCACACUCAAUGGAAGUUGUUUCUUGGAAAAGCUUCAUCAUCGUGAUAUUAUUCGAGUGAGCGGGAAUGAAGCUAAGCAAUUUCUUCAAGGUUUAACGACAAAUGAUAUGAAUCACUUCGAAAGAGGUAGCAAGUCAAUAUACUCCAUGUUUUUGAACAAAAAUGGGCGAGUAAUGUAUGAUUCAAUUAUUUUCAAAGCCGCUGAUCCGGAUACUUUCUUAAUAGAAUGUGAUAAAGAUAUAUCUCCAGAUUUGAAUAGGUACUUACGAUUAUUUCGUGUGCGCAGGAAAAUAAACAUUGACAGUAUAGAAAAUGAUUUUUCUACCUGGGUGUUGUAUGAUAAAGAAAAAAAUUUCGAAUCUUUAGAGAUACCAAAAGAAAUGAAAGAUAUACUCAUAUCAAUUGACCCUCGCUUAAAAGCCUUAGGAUGUCGUUUAAUCGUUCCAAGUUCAUUUGAACCACAUCAGCUAGAAAAUAUAUUUUUAAAUCAAUUAAAGCUAGUUUGUAGUAUAGACGGAGAGAAUGAUUACAAAUUACAUCGUUAUAAGCUUGGCAUAGGUGAAGGUGUUAUUGAUCACCCACCAAUGAAAUGCUUUCCUUUAGAAACCAAUUGCGAUUAUUUGCACGGUGUCAGCUUUCAUAAGGGAUGCUAUGUUGGUCAAGAGCUUACCGCUAGAACUUAUCAUACUGGCACCAUUAGGAAAAGAAUAAUGCCUGUGAUAUCUUUAAAUGAUUUUUCUGAUUCUGCAGGACAUAUACAGUUGUCUAACGGAACAAAUGUUGGAACAAUUAGAGGUAUUAAAGGUAAAGUCGCAUUAGCUUUAAUUAGAAUGGAACAGGCUUUGAAGGCGCCAGAAUUGCUUGUAAACAAUACCCUAGUUGAAGUUAUUAAGCCGGAAUGGUGGCCACAAUCACAAAAUUCCUGA